GAUGUUACUCUCAGUUUUUUCCCUCUGCAAAAAUCCGUAUACAUUUAUCACAUUGAAAAAUUGUGAUGUGUGCAGGCGCACACACAACCAACCGAAAUAUAGGUAGCAAAAGAGAAUGCGCUCGCUUUUGUGUUAUUGUUGUUGGAUUAUUUGCACAAUCUUUUGCGAUUUUUUUUUGUGCUCCCUCACUCAUCUCGCGCCUGAUUCACUUGUCUCUCGAGCGAAACAAACGGAGUUAUUUCAAUAUUUCGAAUAAAGUUCUAUCUAUCUAAAGAUGUUUGCUAAUUUAUUCCAUUUACCGAUUGUUGUCGGAAACGAAACCGGAUAAACGCAGCACAGAAUUUGUCAUUUUCAUUUUGUGUUAAUUAGUUGUAUAAAAAGUUGUUUUUAUCUGAAUGUGGAAAAAAAAUGUAUUGAAUUUUAAAGUGAAAGCGCAUCAUCCUCAUUGUGAAAGUUAAAUGUUUGUUCACGGACGACAUUGAAAAUAGUUUUUCCUCGCGAUAAUUUAAACGCAAACGAAUUGAUUGAAUUUCGUCGCAAAAGCAAAAAAUGGAAUUGUUUCAACAAUUGCACUAUUUAUUGUUGGUUAUCACUUGUGGAACGAUUUUCAUAAAUGCUGAAAACAUAACCAAUGCUGACGAUGAUCCGAGUAAAUAUUUGAAUAGCAUUUCGAACAAUUCAAAUGCAUCGCCUGAACUGAUUGAGUACUAUGAUGUGGAAGAUGUAUCGUCUGCACCUGAUCCCAUUUAUCCGGAUCCUGAAUCAAUUUUUCAUCAAAAUUUACCUGAAAACGUUCGAUCGUUUGACGAGAUGGAUGCUACACCGAAAGCACAUCGAAAGGGCUUAAGCAAAAGUGGUGCAACCAAAUUUAACAAGCUACAAGAAUUGAGCAAUCCCAUCGAUGGAUUUGACGACGAUGAUGCGAAACGUGUCGUUAGCACUGUUGAUUUGAUGACAACAACAGUGACGACGAUGAUGAUGUCUACAGCGGCGGCAGCACCAGCACCAGCACCAGCAGCGGCGGCACCGAAUGCAAAUCAAAUGGACAAAUUGUUCAAAGGCAAAAGCAUCGAUUUCAAUAUUCGCCACACAAUGGAAGAGUUGCGAAAUGAGGACCUUCGUGACCACGACAUUAUUGAUAACAUUAUGUACAUUUACUAUGGUUCGAAUGUCGCCCUACGGAAAAGCCUCGGUGGCAGCAUCAUUAUCGUCGGCACUGUUUUUGCACUAGCCGCUCAAAUACUUGCCAUCAUCUUUACACUGCUACGAAAUCGUCAAAUCCGUCGAGUAAAUCACUUGGCAACAAUAUCAUUGAAUUUGCUGUUGACAUUGUGCGCCUCGAAUUUGGUCUUUAUUGUUGGCGUACAAACAUCGAAAAAUGUAUUCAAAUGUGAAAUGAUUGCAGUAUUGUUACAUUAUUUUCAUCUGUCGACAGCCGUAUGGGGUCUCUGUCAUUCAUUUUCCAUUUAUGACUAUGUAGUUAAUGAAAAUGUUCCAGUCAUCAAAUAUAACAAUCUGCUUGCAUUUGGAGCGUCUGCUGUGUUUGUACUGUUUUCGUUUGCCAUAUCGAGCAAUAGCUAUGAAAUCUACGACUAUUGCUGGAUGUCCGUGCAGAAGUCCAUGAUUUUCAAUUUUAUGAUACCAACAUCCAUUUUGAUCAUAUCAAAUACCAUUUUUGGCACAAUGACACUACGAUCAGUGGUAUCGAAACAGCGCCAAGUCAUCGUCGAAAGUAUUGAGAACAUACUGGACAAAUGCCAGAAUAUCGAUGCAACAGUGAACUCCGUCAAUUUAUUGGCACCCGAUCCAAAUAUCAGUACCGAAUAUAUGCCAACGGUCAAGUGCUGCGAAGAAAUGGACAAGAUGACGUGUGAUAAUGGUCUGAAGUCGGUGGAUUUCUAUGAUUCAAAAUUCGAUUUGGGUGCAUUGUCAAUUGCCGAUUUAUCGCUGCAAAGUUCAAGUGAUACACAGGAUUUUGCCGAAUUCAAACGAGCCAUCAAAUUUUCUCUAUUUUUUCAACCAGCCUUUGCAGUAUGCUGGUUCCUUGGUGUUGUUGCGCUUGAAAAUCGCCAGUCCUGCAUAAUGCCAGUUACAUUCAUCGUUUGUUAUAAUAUUUUGAAUUGGUAUAUUUUAUACCGUUUUCCCAACAUCAGUCCAAUGAUAAUACCGCAACAGAAGAGCAACGAAAGUAAUUUGAAGAGCAGCAAAAAAUUGAGUCAAUUCGACAGUAACUUCAGUAUAAGCGAUGAAGUGAAUCAAACACCGGGCUGCACCGAUACAAUCCCAUUGUUGUGUUCGGUGACUGGGAACAACGGUGGUGGGAAUACGAUUUCCAAUACAACACAACAACCGCCCGGUAUCAAUGGUUCAACGGCAACAUUUCAAUCGCCAAAUGUGUGUUUAUCGAAGCAGCUAUCAUUGGAGGACAUUAUAUACAAAACAUCGAUAAGUCAAUGGGAUGCUAGCAUGGAGAAUAUCAAUUUGGAUUGUAUCAGCACAAUCAGCAAUUGAGUGUAUUGUGUUGAAAAGGAAAGUGCACUCGAUUGAUUGGAUAAAGAGGAAGCAGAAAGAAAAAUUCGAAUACAGGAGGUUGAUUAAAAUGGAAUGUGAUGAAAACAUACAUAUGAAAAUAUUUUGCCGGAUAAGAAAAUUCAUUUCAUUUUUUCGUUAUUGAUUUCAUUCCUCAAGCACUUUGUUCAGUGAUCAAUAUAUAUUCAAGUUGACUAUAAUUGGUGUACCAUCACCAUUUGCAUUCAAUACUCUACCCAUUUUCUACCAAAUGUUUGAAAAAUUGAACAUUUUGCAUGGAAAAUCGAACACUUAUUAGAAAAUGGGUUAAGUACCAUUGAACCACCGACCACAAUUGUUAAACCGAAAAACAAAUCAAGUUCUAUCAUCCUAAAUUUAUAAUUUUAAUCAUGUUAAAGUUCAAUAUGUUUCCUAUUGCACAGAAGCGAAUAUGUUUUAGUUGAUUUUUAAACCCAUUUAUCUGAGGCUAUUUAGAACGUUGAAUGAAGAGAGAUGACCAAAAUGUCUUGUUAAGGAACAUUGAACAUCAAAUAGAUAUUGUGUCGAGUAGACACUGUCUAUAUACCAAGCCAAGUGUAUCCAAUGAAUGCCACAUUUAUGCGAGUUCUACGCACAUGGAAUUGUUUUAAUUUAACAGAAGAAGAAGAAAAAAACAUACGUUAAAAAAACAUAGGAAAUAAUUGAAAGAUUUUAGAGUUAAAAGAAGAAAACACUUUGGAAACGGGAGAGAAAUAGAACCCAUGUUGUACACAUAAAGAAAAGUUUAUUUGUGUUUUUUUACUUACAAAUUGAUCAUUUUAAAUUCAAUCGUUUUUAGACGUUAGAUUUUUAGUGAUUUGAAUGAAUACGAAAACAGUGUGGGAAAGUAUAUAUAUGAAAUGUUGAUACAUACACACGCUCUGAUCGUGGGAUUGGUGCCAUAGAUGCAUUGACUAAAAUAGCAAGAGGAAAUAUUGUAUUAAGACGCCACAAGAGAAAGAGGAUCUUAAUGGAUAUUAUCCAUUGGAUUCUGAAACAGCAGAAACGAAAUUUGGCACGGAUCAUCGCAAACAUAUCAAACACAUUGUGCUUGGCUCCAGCGCUCAUUUGCGGAUGUCACAGCACAAUGAAGAAAAGAUCGUUCGCCAGCAUACGUGACUCGUUCAUAUGCCAACAUUUGUUGUGCUAGUCCGCUGUUUUUGCAAACAUAAACGCUCAGCGACGCGUAUAAUAUCCGUUAUCAUCACGAUAUCAAUUGUGUCCAAACAGCGUUGAUGCGUCCAAUUACAGCGGUGCCUAGGAAAUGCAAUGCCACUCAUUUUAUUUUUGAAUAAAUUUUGACGAUUCAUACAUAAAUCAUGUUUCUUCUCAAACAGAAAUUAAGAGCAAACAAACACACGCAAAAUUUAAGAGAGAGAGAGAGAGAGAGAGAGAAAGAGAGAGAGAGAGUGUGGAAAACAAUGGUAAAAGAUCCACAGAUCUUAGCAUAUAUGAAAAAAACACCCAUUACAAGAAAACCCCAUUAUGGACAAGUUCUGUGAAAACAAUUGUAGAAUUAAUUCAUGCAUUAAAAACAAAAUGUACGAUGCCAAAUAAAGAACGGUAUAAUGACAGAAAAA